UGCCCGGAGACAGGAGACACUUCACCGGGGACACGAAGCGGCUGCACGGUGUAUUCCUGACCCACACCCUCCUCGCCACCCACUUCCUGGACGUGUCAGUGUUUGACUCGGGCUGUGGGCUCCGGGACCUACUCACAUAAUCGGAGUGUUUUGGGGGCGAAUACCUGAUGCUGCAUCUCCUUAUGAGCGCAUAGGAAGCGCAGGAGCUCUCCCCCUCUGGAGGUGAGUCUGGGGCUCGCACAACUGUAGCAAGAAGCUGACCUGGGGGGAAAAACAGAUAAGGAUGGAAUCAUUUAUCCUCUGCAGGGCUGUUCUCAUCUUCCUCAUGCUUCCCUGUGUUCAGUGUGCAGAGACUCAGCCCCAGAGUGCAGUGUUCCUGCCGGAGUUUACCCUCUCGUCUCGGGGAAGUUUCAUGCAGGAUGCCACUGAAGAUCAGUUUCUAACCUACAGAUACGACGACCAGGCAUCCAGAAUGACCCGCUCAGAUGAGGACAGGGACAUUGGGUGGGAUGCCUGGGGCCCCUGGAGUGACUGCUCUCGAACCUGCGGUGGAGGAGCCUCCUACUCUCUGCGACGUUGCCUCAACGGAGAAAGCUGUGAUGGCAAAAACAUCCGCUACAGAACCUGCAGUAAUACGGACUGCCCUGCAGAGUCAGGUGAUUUCCGGGCCCAACAAUGUUCAGCCCACAAUGAUAUCAAGUACCAGGGUGUCACAUAUGAGUGGGUCCCAGCCCCGUAUGACUCCUCUGCACCCUGCGUCCUGCAGUGCCAGGCUAAAGGGAGAAGCCUCACUGUUGAACUUGCCCCUAAGGUGCUCGAUGGCACACGAUGCCAGGCAGAUGCCUUUAACAUGUGCAUCAAUGGAAUGUGUCAGGAAGUGGGCUGUGAUCGGCAGAUGGCCAGUGGCGCUAAGGAGGAUAACUGUGGCAUCUGUGGCGGUGACGCCUCCACUUGCCGGCUGGUGCGAGGACAGGUCCUACCCUACCUGACACCAGAACAAUCUCAUAAGACAGUUCUGGAGGUGCCAAUGGGAAGCCGCUUUCUCAGACUCAGUGCCAAAGGACCUGAUGUGAUAUCCAUCGAAGCCAUCUCUCUUGAUGGAAGGAAUGAGGAGACCAGUCUGAUGUCCACAGGCUCUUACGUGAUAGGAAACACCUCCUUGGAUUUUCAAAGAGGGACAGAAAGGCAGACACUCAGGACACAUGGUCCACUCAAUGCUGAUUACUUUAUCAAGAUGAAGUACGGAGGCCCCAAGGACACAGUUGUCCAGUUCCUGUUCUACCAGCCCAUUAGGUACCAGUGGAGGGAGACUGAAUUCUUCCCCUGCUCUGUCACCUGUGGAGGAGGCUACCAGCUCAACUCUGCAGAGUGCACAGACAUCCGAUCCAACCAGACGCUGCCUGAGCAUCUCUGCAGCAGCUAUCCUGAAAACACUAAACCAACACCGAAGCUCAAGGAGUGCAACAUGGACCCCUGCAAAGAGGGUGAUGAAUUCAAAGAGGUGAUGCCAUAUGACCACUUCCAACCUCUGCCUCGCUGGGAGCAGGGCCCCUGGAUCCAGUGCUCUGUGUCCUGUAGUGGUGGCUGGCAGGAUUGCAGUGUACUGUGCGUAGAGGAGGACAGCCAUGGACAGUUCUCUCAGGUGGAGGAGUGGAAGUGUACCCACUCCCCUCGACCUGUCACCCGACAGAUUUGCAACAGCUUCCCCUGUCCUCAGUGGGUAGCCAUGGAAUGGUCUCAGUGCACAGUGACGUGUGGCCGAGGCCUGCGUUACCGGGUGAUUCUGUGCAUCGAUCAUCGUGGACAGCACAUUGGAGGCUGUGAAGCAUCACUCAAACCUCAGGUUAAAGAAGAUUGUCUGGUCCCUAUCGCCUGCCCCAAGCCUAGAGAAUACACACCAGUGGAGGCCAAGGUGCCCUGGUUAAAACAAGCUCAGGAACUGGAGGAACACCAUACUGCCACAGAGGACCCCACGUGA